GGUCCUUCACACGUCAAUCACUUGUGCUAGUCGAGAAAAAAGACUGCGUUGGGUUUGCGAUUUGACAGAAACUGAGUCGUGAUCAUCCGGUCUAGCCGUGGGAGGAUAGCCGUCCAUAUUUACCUUCGCUGAGAUUAUUGUCGUGCCAGUUUGCUGCGGGGCUACAUGGACGAGUGUUGUUCACCGCAUUAGGGGUAACGUGUCUCGCUUGUUUUUCGACGUGUGUGUAUUAAAGAAAAGCGGCCCGGAAAGUGGGGGUAUCCCCAGAUUGUUUGGCCAAACAUCAGACCGAACGUCGUUUUCCAUGGCUAACAAGCGAAUAAGCUAACAGCAGCACGGCGUAACGGGUGGGGGUGGAUGUCUAUAGGUCGGCCCUUAGGAAGCGAAUAUAAAUAACGUCUCAGCAGUGUGUUGUGGAACAAUGACCGGCACAAGAAGCAGAUAUAAUGGAGGCGAGCUUCUCGGAAGGCAAGACAUGUCAGUAGAUGGGUAUCGACUGAACGAUCAAUAAAGAGGUGAAAAGUAACGUCAGUUAAGCUAGCUAGUCGGUUAGCUGAAUUAAUCAAGGAAGUUGACUAGCCUUGCUAUCUUGGCGACAAAUGCGUUACUGGACCAAGGGUCGUCUCAAACGUCUGAGUUAAUAUAUUUAGAGAUUCACACAACUGGCUGGUAAUGCCAUUUUUUUUUAAAGCUGAAGUUUAGAAAGACAAUUUAACCGUGUGCUUUUAACCAAAACGCUAGCUAACGAUAGUGAGUCGGAGCUUGUAAACAAAGGGUCCCAAGCCCCACCUGGCCACAGCAACGUUAGCUUGCUACACCUCGAGUAAUCGUUGACCGAUUUUUUUCCACGGACAUCGUUGCCUUAUAUUUAACAGUGAAACUAACGCCCAGAGAUGGAUUUAAAGACAGCCGUAUUUAACGCAGCAAGGGACGGCAAGCUGCGGCUGCUACAGAAACUGUUGGAGAACAAAGAUGGACACGAGGUGACCAAGUUGAUGGGCGAGAAAACCAACGGGGCCACCCCGCUCCUGAUGGCCUCCCGGUACGGCCACCUGGACCUGGUGGAGUAUCUGCUGGAGUGCUGCAGCGCGCCUGUUGAGGCCGGGGGCUCGGUGAACUUUGACGGGGAGACCAUCGAGGGAGCGCCCCCUCUCUGGGCAGCCUCGGCGGCGGGUCACCUGAAGGUGGUGCAGUCCCUGCUGGGCCACGGAGCUUCUGUCAAUAGCACGACCCUGACCAACUCGACACCCCUAAGGGCAGCCUGCUUUGACGGCCACCUGGACAUUGUAAAAUACCUGGUGGAGCACAAAGCUGACCUGGAGGUGGCCAACAGACACGGCCACACAUGUCUCAUGAUUUCCUGCUACAAAGGACAUAAGGAGAUUGCACAGUACCUGUUGGAGAGAGGUGCAGAUGUAAACAGGAAAAGUGUAAAAGGCAACACAGCACUUCAUGACUGUGCGGAGUCUGGUAGUCUGGAGAUCAUGCGAAUGUUACUGCAGUUUGGAGCAUCCAUGGAGCAAGACGGCUAUGGCAUGACCCCCCUGCUCUCUGCCAGCGUCACAGGCCACACUAACAUCGUAGACGACCUGACGAUGCACCAGCAGACAAGCCACACAGAGCGCAUUGAUGCCCUGGAGCUUUUGGGAGCCACAUUUGUUGACAAGAAGAGAGAUCUGCUCGGAGCUUUAAAAUACUGGAAGAGAGCCAUGGACCUCAGGUACAUGGAUGGUAACAACAUCAUCCACAAACCGGAAUCCAAGCAGCUGAUUAUGGCAUACGACUACGCCAGGGAGGUAACAAAUGGAGAAGAGCUGGAUGGGCUGAUAUCUGACCCGGAUGAAAUGCGCAUGCAAGCACUGCUCAUCCGUGAAAGAAUCCUCGGCCCACAACAUCCAGAUACGUCUUAUUACAUCCGUUACAGAGGUGCUGUCUACGCUGACUCUGGGAACUUUGAGCGCUGUAUCAAUCUGUGGAAGUAUGCACUGGACAUGCAGCAGAGCAACCUGGACCCCCUCAGCCCCAUGACGGCCUCCAGCCUGCUGUCGUUCGCUGAGCUCUUCUCUUUCAUGCUGCAGGACAGAGCCAAAGGGCUCCUGGGAACAUCGGUGUCAUUUGAGGACUUGAUGGGGAUUCUUUCCAAGAGUGUGUUGGAGAUAGAGCGGGCAGUUAAACAAAAUGGGCCAAUGCCUCCUGACCCUGCCCAGCUCAGCAAAGCCCUGUCAAUCAUCCUGCACCUCAUUUGUCUUUUAGAGAAGGUGCCCUGUACUGCAGAGCAGGACCACUUCAAGAAGGAAACCAUCUAUAAAUUCCUGAAGCUCCAGCCGUGUGGUAAGAACGGCUACAGUCCACUACACCUGGCAGUCGACCGCAACACCACCUGUGUGGGCCGCUAUCCCGUGUGCAAGUUCCCCUCCCUCACAGUCGCCUCCAUCCUUCUUGAGUGUGGGGCAGAUGUGAACAGCCGUGAUGAAGAUGACAACAGCCCCCUUCACAUAGCUGCAUCUAAUGGUCACCCUGACAUCAUGAACCUCCUGAUAUCAUGCGGGACUCACUUUGACAGCACCAAUGCCUUCCAACAAACGGCCUGUGACCUCCUGGACGAGAAGGAGCUGCCCAGGAAUAUAAUCCAGCCCAUAAAUCACACCACGCUGCAGUGCCUGGCCGCCAGGGCCAUUGUCAAGCACAGCCUCGUUUACCGGGGAAACAUCCCUGAGAAACUAGAGGCCUUUGUCUUGCUCCACAGAUAAUGACUGUGAGUAGAAGGGAAUGGAUUGAUUAAAACAGGAGGGGGGGGGGUUUGAUCUCACCAAGUGGAAUGGACAGACUGAGGACCGUGAUAGUUCGGGGCCUGACCCACAAGUUGUUUGAGGAGCUUAAAGACACAAUUUUGUGGGUUGGGUGUGCAAAUUCAAACUAUUUUUGGAGCGAAUAAACUUGAAGAUUUGUGUGAACAAAAAUGUCCAUUUUAUUCUAAUGUCUGCUGUUUCAUGAAGCCACAGCGCUGACUGGUCACAGCUUGCUCUGUGGGGAUGUAUUACAAGUGGAUUGCAACAUGGACAAACCAUUUCUGGACGAACUGAACAAGAGGUUUAUGUAUUUUUGCGAUUUCUUUUUUCUUCUUUUUGUUUUUGUUUUUUUGUUGCAUAUUUCACUAUGCUAUUUAUUGAAUGACACUUGAGAGAUUCUUCUCCAUGUUUGCUCCAACCUAGCCUCAACUUUGCCUACUUCUCUUUUCUCAAAGCAAGGAUUGAGGCAUUUCUCUUUGUGCUGGGACUUAAUGUUAUAUUUAGUUUGUCCCAUCACUGUUGCCAACAGUCAUGGACCCUUCCUCAGUCAUCAUUAGGAGGUUACUCUUGUUUUGUACUUCUGCAAAACAUGUAGUUAUUGUCAUGCAACUCUGGAUAUCUGCCAAGUGGUGUGGAUUCUAGACUCAUUUGUUGUUCCCACUUUAGUGUAUUACAAAGCUUUACAAGAAGGGUUUAAUGUCUGCAAACACCAUAAGUGCUUUAUUCUUCCUAUGCACAGGCUAGGCUGUUGGAAAGAGACUGUUGUAUUCUGUGCCGGCACUUGUCUGUGCAAUAUCUCAUGAGUUUUUGUGUUUACCUCAUUGCUGCCCUUUCCUUCAGUAUCCCCUUACUUCAUGCAUAGAAAGGGGGGGGGGGGGGGGGGGGGAUGGGGGCAAACCAUUGUACUGAUUAUUGUUAAAAGAGUGAAUGAAUUUGAGUGAUUGUGUAUGUACGUGUGUGAGUGCCACCCAGUGUGUUUCUUGUAAGCAGUGUGUUUUUGAGCUUACACAAAUGUUUGGUGUAGUGGCCCUCGUGGAGAUUCCAUAAUGCACAUGACUGCCACUAGAAACCACAGCGGCCAAACUAGGUGUCUACAACCGCUGCAGUGUGCAGGCUUGUACACAGAAGUGACCUCUUAACGUUCAUACAUGGCCGACAUUUUGAAAUGCUAUUAUUCUUUUAAUAAUCAUGAGCAAAAAGAAAACAUCUAGGUAGGUUACCAGCAUUGGCCCACUGUGCAUGUGCAGCAGCAUAUCAGCCAACCAAUCACUGCAGAAUCUUUCAUUAGAACGCCUGAGACUUCAAACUAGACAACAGCUAGGACAGUUCUGCUUAUUUUGUACAAUUAUCGUCCAGCUGUACGAGAACUAAAGAUGCAACGCCUCAACGUACCAAGCUUUGUGAAUGAUCUUAUUUGCACAUUAGCUUUAGAUGUGUGGGUUGAAAAAAGGGCUUUUCAUAAUUCAUAGGUUUUCAUAUUGCAGUCUAUUCCACCUGACGGUUCAAAACCAGACAGAAAAUGUGUGACGACUCCCAGGGCAACUUGUUUUGAAUCUGCACUUUACUAUAGCGGAGUUAAAGAUUUGAUAUGGCAUCAAUCAAGUUCAUGUCUUAAUAACCCUUUUGACAAUAAACCCAUGUUGCACUUGU